UUUUUAUUGGAGAAUCAUAAAUGAGAUUUAAUGGCACGCGAUAAAAAAAACCAUAUGAUAAACAUUUCAUAUAAUAUUAACAUGUUGAGAGUGAGCCGUAAAUUCCUAACAUGAUUUUAAAAUAUCUGCUUCUAUUCAUCCGUCUCACAGGUGGGAACGAAAAUCAAAUUGAAUUUAUAGAUGUAAGAGUAUACGAUAACACUAUUGAUGUGGAUCGUCUCUUGUUUGGUGAUAUCACUAGGAUGGACGAUCUCCAUCUGCCACCCUUGAAAAACGAUAUAGACUACAAGCUAUCUGAAAGAACACCAGAAGAAGGAACUCUAGAAAACGAAAUUCCCGCUCAUAUUAUGGAUAUGACCGAUAUAAACCUCCCCAACAUGGAAAAUAGCUCUGAUGUUAAAGAAUUCAAUGAAAUAAGCAAAUCGGUGAGGAACUUAACUGAUGCUUACAAAAACAAACCUGGAAUACUAUCGAGGCGACAUGGAUUUCAAGACAGAGAAGACAGCUCUGGAGAGGGCCCUAAAAAAUAUUUCAAAGAAACUGAUAAGAAGAAUAAAUUAAUUAACAUAAUGAUGACAUUCCUGAUUCACGCCAGAUAUCAAAUAAAGAAGGGCCUAGAGGAGAAACAGCCGAUACGUGGUGACACCAGGUACAGAAUAGGAUAUCUCUUCAACAGGAUGAGACACUUACAGUACGAACAGCAAAAACUAGUAAGCGCAGCUCAGAAACAACGCAACCACGACCACUUCAGUCUCUAUUCUAUGACGAAACUUUACGAGAAAAUAGUCCGCUGUGAUGUUGACAUCAGGGAUACCAUAAAUUAUUUGGAGGCGAUAAACAAAGCACGUGAUGUGCGCAUCAAAUAUAGUUUGGAUGGAAAUUGACACAUUAUAUUCUAUAAUUAACCACAAAUUUACAACCUAAAUCUAAAUAAUGAGCAUUUUGUGUUUAUCAUUCAUAAAUCCUCGCAAACGAUUACAGUGAAGUAGGUUCUUGUUUAAAAAAAUAAGAAACGUUCCGUAUUAAACUUAUAGUUAGGUUACAGCUCCAAACGGACGUUCGACAUUUUUUGGCUUCGAUAAUAUUUUUUUUGUUUCCGAUAUAGAUUAUUUUUAUUAAAACACAUUAUUGGUCUUGGUAUAAAAACUAUAUAUUGGAAUAAAUACAAUUUGAGUUAAUUAAUUCAGAUAAAUUGCUUCCAAUGUUUGCUCGCGUAUACUGCUAAUACUACUUCUUAUUGUUGUUUUAUUCAUAGGAAACAAAUAAAUAAAACAGAAGAAUAAGACUCCAUUA